UUGCAGUGGCUCGUUUAUCGUUUGUAUCAAGAAAUUUUGCCAACUUUGCAUUACUUUUUGUGUUCUGUUUUCGGCUUUGUUUUCAGUACAAAUUUUUAGGCUGGUAGCCAUGCACAUCUCGAUCAAAGGAUCAAAGACAAAUUACACACCAGGAAUGGCGGCUUUUGCGGUACCGAGGCAUAUCGAAAUCAGUUUAUGCAGAACAUUGCGCUAUGUAACGAGGCCUGUUUCGAUGAAAAAUGGCAUCGAACAAUGCCUGAGAAUGAUGUUGGAUCAACGUCAGUUAUUCCACACAACGGUACAUUGUAGACGAAAGCAUAUCGACAGCAAAACACCUCGACCAGCUAUUAAAUUUGGAUUAAAAGCUAAGAAAAAACAAAUGGAACUUGUCCAAAUAUGGAGGGAUAUGACUGUUAGGGAAUUGGCUGGGGCAGCAAAAAAAGACAUUGAAUCUGUAUUCGAGGCGCUAAAUAUUGCAUCUUCUACAUACCACCAUAAUUCGCCUGACUUUGUCAUUAACAAUCCUACAAUUAUUCAGGAGGUUGUGAAGAUCUUUGGUAAAAAAUUUGAGACAAUAUCACGACCUGGUGUUACCAAAGAUUCAAACGAUGACAGUAAAGACGUGGUCAAGCGGCCUCCUCCAGAUCCAGCUGUUCUUAUAAAGCGUCAUCCUGUAGUGACUAUUAUGGGACAUGUUGACCAUGGAAAAACUACGCUUUUGGAUUCAUUGCGCAGCACUUCUGUGGUCGCAACGGAAUUUGGAGGCAUUACACAACAUAUUGGUGCCUUUAAUGUCACAUUGGAGACGGGUGAAAGAAUAACCUUCUUGGAUACUCCUGGUCACGCUGCAUUCAGCGCCAUGAGGGCAAGAGGAGCCUAUGUAACAGACAUAGUAAUUUUAGUGGUAGCUGCAGAUGAUGGAGUGAUGGAGCAGACAAUCCAGAGUAUUGAAAUGGCUAAGGCAGCCAAUGUUCCAAUUAUUGUUGCCAUCAACAAGAUUGAUAAGCCAGAAGCAGACAUUGAUAGAACAAAAAGGAUGCUUGCACAAAAUGGAAUACAAGUCGAGGACCUUGGAGGAGAUGUGCAAAGCGUAAACAUAUCGGCAUUGAAGAAAAUUAACAUUUACAACCUGACAGAAGCAGUUGCUGCACAAGCGGAGUUGAUGAAUAUUACAGGGGACCCAACAGGCCUUGUAGAAGCAGUGGUCAUAGAGGCAUCUAAUGAUCCUGGGCGGGGAAAACUUGCCACAAUAUUGAUUCAGCGUGGAACACUAAAGAAAAGCGCUAUUCUUGUUUGUGGUAAAGCUUGGGCAAAGGUGAGAUCGAUGUUCAAUGAGGAUGGCAAUCCUGUGGUAUGUGGUAAGUUGUCCGAAGCUGUACAAGUGAUCGGAUGGCGAGAAUUACCCAAUGCUGGUGAUGAGAUCCUUGAAGUUGAAAGUGAGAAGCAAGCUCAUGCAGUAAUAAAGUAUAGAGUAAGUAAGGAGUUUGAGAUUACGGCCAUGGAACACUCUAAAGCAGCAGCAGAAAAAAUGAAGAAACAUCUUGAUGAAUACAAAGAGAAUCUAGCGCGUAAAAGAGCUCUAGGUAUAAGGUAUAAAAUGAAGAGCUCCGGACAACGGCAAAAAGAAAUAGUAAAUGAGGAUAACAUGAGUAUUAAUAUCAUAGUGAAGGGGGAUGUUGGUGGAUCUGUUGAAGCUAUACUAGACGUACUGGACACUUACUCUGAAGAGGACAAGUGUCGUCUAAAUUUGAUUCAUUAUGGUGUUGGAAAUGUGACUGAAAAUGAUAUUGAUUUAGCCAGCGCAUUUAAAGCAAUAAUAUACAGUUUCAAUGUUGAUACUCCAAAUCAAGUUAAAUCACUAGCGAAACAGGAGAGUAUCCCAAUCAGAAAUUUCAAUGUCAUAUAUAAACUGAUCGACAACCUCAAGGAUGAAAUUAAUAGCAAACUUCCCUUACUUCAAGUUGAAGAAGUUAUCGGUGAGGCAAAUGUUUUACAACAAUUUGAAGUUUCGGAAGGUAGACGAAAAGUUCCUGUAGCUGGAUCUCGCUGUGUAAAAGGAGUACUAAAAAAGUCUGCAAUGUUCAAAUUAGUUCGUGGAGAUGAGGUCGUACAUACAGGACCCUUGGAAUCGAUGAGGCACAUCAAGACCGAAGUAGAUAGCAUUAAGAAUGGAGUAGAAUGUGGUAUUCGAUUUAAGGACUCCGAGAUCUCGUUUCAACCAGGGGACACCCUGAUCUGCUUCAAAUUAAUUGAUCAACCACAAAAAUGUAAGUGGGAUCCCGGAUUUUAGGUAGCCAAUAACUUUCAUUAUCAGUAAAUGUCAAACAACGAUUGUGCCUGUGGUUCAAUAAAAAAAUAAAUACUGUAUAUACGGAAA